ACUAAUUUCAUUUUCUAAUAUUACAAUCUGCGUUAAAAUUUCACAACCUGCUAUUUGAAAAAUUAUUUCUCCUUGGCCAAGCGUGGGUACAAUUUUAUUUCCUAUACCAACUAUGGCGCUUAAAUCAGCGGGAAAGAUUUCCUUUAUUUUUAAUUUUUCUGCGGUUUCUCUUCCAGUCAGGGAUACGUGUGCUCCUGAAUCUAAUAGGCAAAUUAUUUCUUUUCCAUUUAUUUUUGUUUUUAUUCUAAACCAUUCAUCGCAUGUAUUGUCAUAAC